AUGCGUUAUCUCGCCACUCUCCUACUUGCUUCGGCUAUCCUCAUCGCCGCUCAAGAUGCACCGGCCACAACCCCUACAAGCGGCAACUCCAAAUGCGCCCAUCAGAAUCUGGUAGAUUCAUGCGUCGCAGCCAUGAAACGCGGACUCACAAAGUGCAGCACAGACGACUGGGACUGCAAAUGCUCAGGCGCUGCCAAUAUUGCCAACUGCUAUGUAGACUGCGCCGAGGAAGAUGAAGGAGGUGCCUCUGCACGGUCAUUGAGUGUAGGGAAUUGCGCCACCGCGAACGCAUACGACCAGGGAGAAACGACUGUGGCGCCAACAUGGACCCUGCCCGGCUCUAAUGCAGCCCAACCGACCGAUACAGAGCCAAGUAUCACUUCUACUAUUGCCGGGCCGACGAAGUCGGUGGAAGGGAAUGAGAAGUCGGCGAGUACAUCGGAGGGGGCUGCAUCGGUGAAUGUUGCUGGUGGCGCCAGUAGCUGGCUAAUUCUUGUUGGGCUGGGGUUGGGGAUUACUUUUUGA